UGAGAAGAUCUUGCCCUCAGUACACUGUGUCUUUCACUGGCUGGCUUACUUCAGAGGACCAGGGCAGACUGCGUGCUUGAUGGCUGAAGCUGAACUUCACAAGGAAAGGCUCCAAGCCCUGGCGGAAAAACGGAAAAGACAAGCCGAGAUAGAGGACAAAAGGCGACAACUCGAUGAACUUGUUCUACAACUUCAACAUUUUAAGUCCAAAGCCAUGAGGGAGAGGUGGCUUCUCCAGGGGACACCAGCGGUGCCACAAGCGGAAGAAGAAGGCCGGAGGAAACAGGUUGAGCAAGACGAACAUCACGCUAAGACACUAGAAGAUGCUAUUCAUAGAUUGGAAUCAGAAAUCAGUCUUUUGGAGAAUGAAGAAUCACAGAUAUCAGCUAAAGAACAAGUUCUCAGAGAGCGACUGAGGGAAACAGAGAGAUCUAUUGAAGAUCUCCAGAAGAGUCUUCAGAAUCAAGAUGGAGAUGCGGUGAAUUACAACUGCUCCCAGAUCCCGGACCUCCCAGAACUGAACUCCCAAACUCCCGUCUCAGCUUCAGGGGAUCAGCAACCGCCAAGAAAAUCUGCAUUAUACGCCAUGGAGAUCAGCGUCGAGAAGGACCGGAAAACGGGUGAAAGCAAGAUCCUCUCGGCCUCUGCGGUCAGCCCACGUGACGCUCACCAGAGGGGCGUCAAAGUCUACGACGACGGCCGCAAAGUGAUCUACGAGGUGCGUUCUGGGGGAUCUACAACACUGGAGAAUGGCACGCACCCCUAGCCCGGCGAGGUGGACGAGCUCAUGCAACAAGUGGGCCAGUCCCAGCAACGAAGCGACGGAGCCCGGGUCACCGUCACACCCGCUGAGCCCCAGACAACUACAGGACAGGUCAGCUCCAAGCAAGACCACAAACAAUCCCCGAGGAAAGGCUACCAAGGUGAGGUCACGGAGACUCCACAGGCCUCUGCCGACAAACCGGUGACCAUGAUCUUCAUGGGCUACCACAGCGUCGAGGACGAGGAGGAAUCCAAGAAGCUGCUUGCAGACGGCACCAUCAAGGCUGAGAUCGUCCUAAUCGAUGAGGACGAUGAGAAAUCUCUUCGGGAGAAGACCGUCACUGAUAUCUCCACCAUCGAUGGAAACGCCGCUGACCUUGUGUCGGGCCGGCCUCUGUCCGAUACCACCGAACUGUCCUCAGAAGGCAAAGAUGAAAGCUCGACCAAGGAACUGCCACCCACAGGCGGAGAGAAGGCACGUUCAGUGCUGCUGACGCCAGAGAACGGAUUGUAUCCUGCAGCCAUGGCACGAGCCGCUGACCCUCUGAAGUCCCCUGUUCUCUCAGAGGAUGACAGUGAGCUGAAAAGAGAGAGAAGCCUGAAGACUGUGAGCUUUUUCGAUUCUGUGAGUCUGAUAGCUGGUGGUGGAAGCAGUAUGGAGCUUGAAGUUCAGACCGACUCCCAGCAAAGUUAUGUGAGCAGUGGACAGAACAGAGUGAGACAUGGAGGAGAAGGAAUGGACAGCGAAGUUGCCAAGGAAAUCCUUUACCUGGACGAGGUCCUUGAGGCCAACUGUUGUGAUCCCAGAGCAGAAAUGACUUCAAAUGGGACAAGUUCCCCUGAUAUUAAGUCAAUUCGAGUUCAUGGAACUGGACCAUUUGUGCGUACUUGUGACACAUCUCCUUUACAAAACCAUGAAGUUGUUUUAGAAGGGAAAAAACAGACCACUUUUGUUGACGACAACUUCAACACCAAACCAAAUGGCCAUGCAAUGGACUGUACAAUGUCACCUGAGUCACCUAGGACGGCAGUCAAGAAAGAGGCACGUUUUGAGCUCCGACCAUUUCAUGAAGAGAAGAAACCAUCAAAACUAUUCGACACCCCAACUGAAAAAGAAGUUCGGGUGAAGAAAGUCAGACCCUCGGAGGAGGUUGCUGAACUUGAGAGGGAAAGGCUGGAACUCAUCCGGGGUCAAGCGGUUAAGAAGAAUCCUGGAAUUGCAGCAAAAUGGUGGAACCCACCUCAGGAAAAGACACUGGAAGAGGAACUGGAGCCAGAGCAACUGGAGUCACUUCGAAAAUAUGAGGAGAGAAAGCAGAUGAGAACAGAAGUCAACCGUAUGCCACAAGCUGCACCCAGACAGACAAUCUCCUUUAUCCAACCUGAAAUAGCAACUAAGGAGGAUGUUGUCAUGGAAGAGAUUGACUUUUCUGCAGCACGCAAGCAGUUUCUACAGAUGGAACACAGCAAGCAGCCCACAGCCCCUAAGAGGAAUGUGGCACCACAGCUUUACUCUGCCAAACCUUUCUUUAGGACUCCAGACGUCACACAUGUAGAGAGGCCAUGCAGUUCUGUCACAGUUGCCAAUCAAGAAGGAGUCACAUUCUACGAUGGAAGUGAAGUUACUACAGUCAAAGCUGAAAAGAUUUACUGCUGCUCUGGAGGAUCUGCCACAUCACCCAAAGAAGGUUUGGCUCAGAACGAGUUGAAAGAUGAUGAAUUUACUUGUGCCCGGGCAGUGAUGACCAUUGUGAAAGAUGAGGAAUCGGAUUUCUGUCAACGCUCUUUAAACAGCUCAUAUCAUAUGGAAGAAAUUGACUCUGGGUUAGAUGACCUAUCCCUACGGUCUCAGGACACCACUGUUCUUGAGACACUCUCCAAUGACUUCAGUAUGGAUAACAUAAGCGACAGUGGUGCGUCUAAUGAGACCAUGAGUGCCUAUUUGGAAAAUUCUCUUGGGGAAUACUCUUUUCCCUCAACUCCGAUGGCUACUACACCAAUCAAUGGAAAACAUGAAAGUGGAAUCAAAUCUCCAAGUGAACAGAGUGGGUCUUAUCAGGUGGAUGGCUUGACGGAAGAAGAGCUGGAAUACCAUGCAGGAAUUCUUGUCCAAAACGCUAUCCAGCAAGCCAUUGCUCAGCAGAAUGACAAAUGGGAGCCUCUUCAGGCCACACAGCAUUCAUCCCCCAUCCUUGAGAGACAUGUGGAAAGUAUUGAACCACAACCUCAACCUUUCCUGGAGAGAUCUGCUGUAACGCCACCUCCCAAAGUGCCAUCCCCCCAAGAGGAGAAGAAAACAAUCACUCCUCAGAUAACUGUAGUUCAAGCUGCUCCAGUUAUUCCAGUGAACACUUACAAACCUCCCAGUCCCUCUCCACCACCAAGUGAGAAACCAGAAUUCAGCUAUUUCAGUAAGUACUCUGAAGCUGCAGAGCUAAGGAGCACCGCAGCUGUCACUCGUGCUCAGGAAACGGAGGUCACCUCAGGACCGUUCAAGCUGCGGUCGCGCAAACAGAGAACCCUGUCAAUGAUCGAAGAGGAGAUUCGAGUGGCCCAAGAGCGCGAGGAAGAGUUGAAGAGACAACGACAGGCACAAACAUUACACCCGACCCGUACACAGAAGCUAAAGUCCGGCACCCAGCCAAACAAGCUGGUCCUUGCUGGGAAGACAGCACCAGGUAAGAUAGAGAAGGUUCGUCAAGUUCCUCCAGCAUCGCCGUGUUCUUCAGAUGGAGCUCUGCCCUCGCCGCUCUCUGAUCUGGGCAGUGAUGAUUCUGGAGGGCAGCGACCCAAGAACUUCAUGCAGACUUUGAUGGAAGACUAUGAGACACACAAGGUCAAGCGCAGAGAGAAAGCUGAGGACAACAGCUAUGUCCGCUCAGUUACAACUGAGGUUCUAGAGGCAACACGUGUGACUCGCAGAAAAAGUAACAUGGCCCUCCGGUGGGAGGCGGGAAUCUACGCCAACCAGGAAGAGGCUGAAGAAGCAGAAGAGGAGGAGGAAGAGGAGGAGGAGGAGGAGGAGGAGGAGGAGGAAGAGUAAACAAAAUUUUCAAAGAAGGAGAAAGAGAGAAAAACCAGAGGGAAAAUGUGCAACAGGACAAACACAAGUAUUUAUUGGGAAUUCAACAGCAAUUCACAACUCUCUGAAGAGUUAUUUCUGGAGAAAACUUCUCUUGACAUUGAAGACUAGAGAUGCUAUACCGCUUCAUAUUUUAACGACCAGGUUAUUGCUUUUUUUGUGCUGAUAUGUGUUGAGAAAGUAGUACGUGCAACAUUUUUGAUACUUUUGUUGCAAGGUAAGAUUAGUGUGAAGGUCGCAUUGCAUUUAAACUUCACAAGGGCUAAGGAGGACUUUGGAGGGAAAAAAAUGGAAAGUAUGGGAUAGUAUUACGUCAUUAGCAGGAUGAGCUCAGAUGUAGAUGAUAGUGGGACAACUGAUUUCUUGUUAGACUGCUGAUCGGGACUGGUGCCAUGAAUAUGAAGCCGUGAGCCCGUUCAGAAAGCAGAACUACACAAAUGCGUGUACUCUUAUGUUUUCCUGUUAAUCACGUGAUCUCAAUUGCAGGCUACAGGGAUAGGAAGACAAAUCGUUUUGCCACACAGUUCAGAGAGAAGCUUUAGUGAGGAGGUCACAAAUUCUCACAGCCUUGAAAGACGUUGUGAGGCUCGUACGAGCUGACUUUUUCAUCCAGACCGAUAUAGCCUAACAACAAAUUCAAGCAGAAGAGGAAGAAGCCGUUAUAACCUGCUGAGGUGGCAACGGCUUUGUCUGAAAGCAGCAGCUGCUUUCUCCAUUGAAAAAAGACAGGAAAUCUGUGUGAAAUGAACCUUUAGGAUGUUGUUUGCAGUCGAAGGCACCUGCGUUUGGAUUGAGGUUUACUGUAAUGCAGGACGCUCAAUGGCUGACGUAGAUUAUUUGGGGAUGUUUAUGUUGCGUUACGUGUAGCGCGAAAACGAAGGAAAGGGCGUGAUUAUAUUAAGAAAGUAUUCUUGAUUUUUCCUUUCAUCUUAAUUUAAAAGGUUGAAUAUUUCUCUUUGCAUACUUUGGCGAUUUUAAAGCCAUUACAAGCAGAAAUUGCGAACAUUUUAUUGAUGUACACAUGAAUGUCUGAAAUAAUGUUGGAAUGGUUUAUUCUUUGUUCACAUUCUUUUAAAAAAAAGCAUUGGUAAUAUAACAGAUGUUAGAACAACAGGACACUGACAUCAGAGAUGGACAAAGUGGACAAAUUUUCUUCUAUAUUUAAUCUUCGAAUUUUAAUUUUUGCCUUUGGUCUGAUGCUUUUUUCAAGCCACAAACAAAGACAAUCCCACGAGCUUCAUUCAACAAUGUGGCUUUGUUGUUUUUUUGUACCCUCCACAUAUAAUAUAUAUUACACAAAAGUAUUUAACGGACUGCUGUCCUUUUAUGAACAUACAUGAAGUAUUUGUAGUCUUUGGAUUAGAGCGGAGUAUAUAGCGUAGGUUCUCAAAUUGCAGGCGAAAUGUAAAAAAAAAAUAGUUAUGCAUUGUUAUAACAUCUAUAAAGUUACAGCUACAGAACUAUAUGCGUUUCUGGAGAGGAUGACUUUAUUUAAUGGAUGGAAACCUCUGGAUACUGACUUUCUGAAGCGUUUGUUUGUAUUGAUGCUUGACGUGAGAUUGUGUAUUGACCAUCGGUUUUACUCAGAGCAGGAUAUUGGGUUUUUACUUGGAUUCUUUGAUAUGAGAUGAUUAUUGUCGGUGAGCAAAUAAUUUGAAUUUUAUAAGGGGAAAUAUUUUUAUUUGAGCAGCGAGAUAUAUACAGUGUUCCUAUAAAUGGAAAAUAGUUUUGAAAAAAAAAAAAAAAAAAAAAAAAAAGACUGGUGUUUAGUACUAUUACAGCACAUUUAUUCAUAUAUACUGUGUUGUGUGUAUUUGAGGGCCAAGUAUGCCAUACUAUAUGCAGUUUUCAUUAGUUUGUUUAGGUGCUACAGGUAACAUUAUUAGCACAGAGUAGUUCAAGUAUUGACUGUGAUGCUGACGGGUUUCGCAUCAUGAAAUGUGCAGCGUUCAAAUGAAACGUAAAGCCAGAGUUAGUUUUACUAAAGACGGCAUGCUUUUGUAUGAGAUACGGACAAAAAAAAUGGUUGUUUUUACCUCAUAAAGCUAAAUUAUAAGAAAUAAGCCAAUGCUCAAAUCUGUAAUAUAAUAGGAUUCCUAUGGCAUAGGACGGUGGCCAAAUUGCUUUUAACAUAGAAUACCGGAGGAAAAAGGAACCAUUAGAAAUCGAGCAGUCUUGCAGUUGUCGAUGUGUUAAAGCGUUAUGGCAAAAGCAUGAGCCUUUGAGGAUAUCCGGGAAAAGCAGACGAGAAUCGCAAGCACGUUAGCGAAAUUUCGCUAAAUGUUCACGAUAAUAUUUGUGAAUAGUGUGUGAAGCACAAUCAAGCAGCUUUCUGUUGGGUCCCUACGAUGGAUGUUUGUUUCUAAAUCGGACGUUAGGAAAUUUCUUUCUCUAAUUUCCAUUUCACGCGUGAAAAUUAUCCGAACAACUAUAAAUCCAACGCAACUUUAACGUAGUGGAAGUUCAUGGCUAAUGUUAUUUACGUAUAAAAUUCAAGUAUUCGAUUGAGAGAGAAGUUUUUGUUCGCGCUUAAGCUGGUCACGAGGUUCACCACGUUGUCCAACAGAAAGCUGUUUUUGAAGUGAGGUUGCCAAGUCCACGGUUCUACCUGGGUUGCCAGGCGUUGUUUUUAAGUCCAGGUCCACCUAGGAACGCAGACUCUGGCGUAAGGGAAGUCGCUUUGGGCCAUUUUUAAGGCUCAGUGUUGGGCUCUUUCUUCUGCGGAUCUAGCAGCCCAGUUCGAGAGCAACUUUGGACAUACUACCGGCUACCUUUUUGUCUGUGAAAGUUCACCGAAAUGUCGCUAAUGUGAUUGCUAAAAUUUUCAACUACAAACAUACUUUAGAGUUGUAGUCAAGAAUCUUCCUUGCCAGUGUCCCUUGUGCAUGACAACUACUCCAUCUGUGGCGAUAGAUCUUCAGUUUCGUUGUCAGUUUGUGCUUUUCGAAGAAAAAAAAUCUUGCCUUUACUGAAAUCACAAGAAGUAUUGUUUUUUUUUUUCACAGUUUGAACCAAGUAAACAGUGUUUUUUUAUCUUUAAUUUUGAAGUAACACCAAAAAUAUGUUGUGUGUUUUGCUCUUGUUGUUUAAAUAGUUGCAAAUGCUUCCUUAAAAGGUUUAUUGAGUGCUCUAGGUCCCUUUGGGAGAAACCGAAGGAUUAUUGAUAUGGUGUGAUAAUGCAAUCAUGCUUUCAAAAGCCCUCUUUUGACAUGUUAACCACUUAUUGUAUGUUAAUAUUCUGCUUAUAUUGUUUUAUAGUAAUUGUAAGGCUCACUCUUACACACAUAUAUAAUUAUUUUCUCAUUAAAAAGAAAAUGUGUAAAACGUC